AUUGGGUGCCUGCGUCAGGGAUUUAAGGAAUUUCGAGCAAGAUACAGGCUUUUUUUUUUCUGGGACUACUCUGCUGUCCUGGGAUCGAGGGUGGAGGAGGGAGAGAUUUUUGGAUUGUUCAGGAGCCCUGCCAUGUGGAUGAAUCACAUAAACAGGAAGGAAAGUAGAAUGGUGCCAGGACAUUUGGAUUGUCUGUGAGCAGACUGUACCGAGAGGCUUGUGCGGGACUUUUCGGUGGGAGAAAGUGGCCGAGUAAAUUUCCAUCACCAUGGGCACAUUCUGGAAGGCAUUCUUGAUUGUCGUUACCUUCUUCCUGGAAGUCUUCAAAGGGCCUCAGCAGGCUCGGUGCCAAGAGAUACCCGAUGUUUACCCCAACCUAGAUGAAAUAGAAGUUCCUCUCCACUCAACAAUCAACCUGAAAUGUUUGGGGAAGAAUGAAGUGGUUUGGGAGUUGCCUUUUAAAGAGGCUGCACAGACUGUCAUUAAAAGAAAUGAAAGCAACAAUAGUGGGAGCUUUGUACAAACACUCGAGGUCCAAAAAGCAACAGGAAUCCACACUGGGAUGUACACGUGCUACUACCCAGCACUUUAUUCCGAUGACGAUGAGAUUGAAGGCCGCAAUAUAUAUGUUUUUGUUCCAGAUCCAGACCAUCCCUUUGUUCCACAACUGAAUUUUGAAAAUAUAGUAAUAGUGGCGGAGGGUGAAGUUGCUGUGAUUCCAUGUCGAGUGUCCGAUCCAAGUCUGCAAGUCACCUUGACCAAUCUUGAAACCGUGAACACUAUCUCUGCUACCUACGAUAAUAAAGAAGGAUUCAGAGGGCUCUUCAAGGAGGGGACGUACAUCUGUGUCACAACAAUCAACGACGUGAAGCACAAAUCAGAAGAGUACAUUGUUAAUACAUUUAAAGUGGCAAAGGAUCUGAAAGUUGAAAUAGAAGCUUUAAAAAAUGUAGUCAAAGUGGGAGAAAGCAUCCUUGUUACUUGCAAAGUAGUGGAUAAUGAAGUGGUGACCAUCAACUGGAAUUACCCAGGAAAAAACAAGGGAAAGGAAGAUCUCAAGGAAGUAAAACAACCAUCCAUAAUAAUUACAAAGACCCUUGAAAUUGAGGAAGCCACGUUGGAAGAUACUGGGAUCUAUGAAUGUUCUGUGUCACAUGCAACUCAAGCAACAUAUAGAAAAAAGCAUGUUUACAUCGAAGUUAGAGAGAACGGAUUUAUACAUUUGGAUCCCAGUUUUGGAACAGAAGAGUUUGCAGAUCUACAUGAAGUCAAGCAGUUUGUGGUCAACAUUGAGGCCUACCCAGCACCCACUGUUCAGUGGCUGAAGAACAAUGUUACUCUGCAUGAAGAUAACAAUGAAGUGAUCAUUAACACAGUAAAUAUCCAGAAAAUCAGGUAUCAGAGUAAUCUAACCCUGAUUCGCGCAAAGAAACAAGACAGUGGAAUGUACAGUAUUAUCGUUGGAAAUGAAGAUAAUCGUACCAUUUUUACCUUCUUCUUGCAGGUGAAAGUGCCAGCAAAGAUCAUCAAUCUUGUUGACCUGCACCAUGGCUCUGCGAAUGGGCAGAUUGUUUCAUGCUCUGCAGAUGGGACACCCAGCCCAGAGGUCGAGUGGCUAAUCUGUACAGAUCUAAAAAAGUGUGCCAACGACUCAAUGCUGUGGAAUGUCCUGCACAGCAAUUCAAGUGAUAUAAGUAUUGAGACUCACCAGACGAAGAAAAACACUGUGGAGAGCAAACUGACAUUUCAGAAAGUGGAUAAUACAAUGGCCGUGAAAUGUAUUGCAAAGAAUGAGCUUGCUGUUGUUGCACGUGAAGUCAAACUGGUGGCUCACAAUUUACACUCUGAGUUGACUGUGGCUGCGGCAGUCUUGGUACUGCUGGUUAUCGUGAUCAUUUCCUUGAUAGUACUUGUUGUAGUUUGGAAACAGAAACCAAGGUAUGAAAUACGUUGGAGAGUCAUUGAAUCCAUAAGUCCAGAUGGCCAUGAAUAUAUUUAUGUUGAUCCCAUGCAACUUCCCUAUGAUACAAGAUGGGAGUUUCCUAGGGAUGGACUUGUCCUUGGGCGCAUUCUUGGUUCUGGAGCAUUUGGAAAGGUGGUUGAAGGAACUGCAUAUGGUUUAAGUCGCUCACAGCCUGUCAUGAAAGUUGCAGUGAAAAUGCUAAAGCCAACUGCUCGUUCCAGUGAGAAACAGGCCUUGAUGUCAGAGCUGAAGAUAAUGACUCAUCUCGGUCCACAUUUAAACAUUGUUAAUCUGCUAGGGGCUUGUACAAAAGCAGGUCCCAUUUACAUCAUUACUGAGUACUGUUUCUAUGGUGAUCUGGUCAACUACCUGCAUAAAAACAGGGACAGCUUUAUAAGUCGAUAUUCUGAAAAAGGAAAGAAAGAAGUGGAUAUUUUUGGUAUAAACCCUGCUGAUGAAAGCACACGAAGUUACGUGAUCUUGUCUUUUGAGAGCAAUGGGGAUUACAUGGAUAUGAAACAAGCAGAAAGCACCCAGUAUGUGCCAAUGUUAGAAAGAAAAUCCAGCUUCAAGUACACUGACAUCCAGCAGCACAUGUACGAUCAUCCACCAUCGCAGAAAAAGAAGUCCUUGUCAGAAACAACAGAAUCUUGGAAUCCUCUUUUGGAUGACAGUUCAGAGGGGCUUUCUUUCAUGGAUCUAAUCAGCUUUACCUUUCAAGUUGCACAAGGAAUGGAGUUUCUGGCUUCUAAAAAUUGUGUGCAUCGUGAUUUGGCAGCACGUAAUGUUCUUCUGGCUCAAGGAAAGAUUGUCAAGAUCUGUGACUUUGGCUUGGCACGAGACAUCAUGCAUGAUUCCAACUAUGUUUCUAAAGGCAAUACAUUCCUACCAGUGAAGUGGAUGGCUCCUGAGAGCAUAUUCGACAACUUGUACACUACUCUGAGUGAUGUCUGGUCCUACGGCAUUCUUCUUUGGGAAAUAUUCUCUUUAGGUGGCACACCGUAUCCAGGGAUGAUGGUUGACUCCAACUUUUACAAUAAGAUCAAGAGUGGUUACAGGAUGACAAAACCAGAACAUGCUUCUUCAGAUGUCUAUGACCUGAUGGUGAAAUGCUGGAACAGCGAGCCUGAGAAAAGGCCUUCCUUUACACGCCUGGCUGAAAUUAUUGGUGGCUUAUUACCAGAAGCCUACAAGAAGAGCUACAAACAGAUGAAUGAUGACUUUCUGAAGAGUGACCAUCCAGCUGUUGCUCGCAUGAGGGCAGAGUCCACUGAUCCUUACAUUGGAGUGAACUACAACAAUGGAAAUAAAAAGAAAGACCGGGAGAGUGGAUUCGAUGAGCAGCGGUUAAGUGCUGACAGUGGCUACAUCAUCCCACUGCCUGAUAUUGAUCCAGUCACAGACAACGACCCUAGUUCUUCAAGGAACCGCCAUAGUUCCCAGACAUCUGAAGAAAGUGCAAUAGAGACCGGUUCCAGCAGCUCUACCUUUAUAAAGCGAGAAGAUGAAACCAUUGAAGAUAUGGAAAUGAUGGAUGAUGUAGCAAUUGAUCCUUCAGACUUAGUGGAGGACAGCUUCCUGUAACCAGCUUUUUUGUGGGAAAAUAAACUUGCCCUAUCCCAGACAUGACCUUCUCUAUAACCACUUACUGAGGCAUGCCCAAGCAGAGAAGCUUGAGGAGGGAAUUUGAUGGUACAUCUGAAAGUGAGGCCAAAUUGGAAAGAUAUCCUGGGACCAAGAUAUGAUUUGUAUUAUAGUACAUAUCAUAUGUCUAUUUCAGUGCAUUAUUUUUCUAUUACGGUACACUCUAUAGUGUUUAUUUUAGGGUGUAUACCCACUGCUAUUCCUCUGGACUAAACAUAAUGCUAAACAAAGUUGUGUGUUUCAAAGACUUUGCUUCAUCAAAAUGGUCCUAUAUCUAGAUAUUUCAUCGCAUUUAUCAGACUGCUUCAUAUGCACAUAAUGAUAACCCUUAUUAAGAAUGUAUGCUGUGUACUUAAUGUUGUACCAUAUGAAUUAUAUCUACAUCAAUAGAUAGACAAUGACUUUAGUAUUCUCCAGGUGGGUUACAAUCAGUUGUUUGUCAUUGUUUUCAGAUACCAAUGCACAUCUUCAUUUAAACAGGCAUUCUUUUUAGUGCUUACUUUCUAACUACAAAGGACUUCUAUUUUUUGCAAAGCACAAUUUUUUGGGAGUAACUAACUGUAAAGAAUGCACUGCAUCUAUGCAAGAUCCUACACUUGAAUAUUUCAAAUAUUUGUGUAAACUCAUGAAAACAUCACAGACGUGAACUACAACCUACAUUGAAAAGCUAAGAGCUUGGAAUCCACAGUUAUAACUCAGUUUGUGGAUUGAGCCAACAUAUCAACUGACUUGUUUGUCAAUGCAACCUUUUGGAAAUCAAAGGAUUUGCAGAGCAUGGAGAACUGGUAUAUUUGAGCCAGCUGUAAAUGACCUGGUGAAUUGUGGCCAAGACAUGCCAACAGUUAUGAAGAGGAGUUACUGAAGAAAGUUCUCUUCAAAGUGAACUAAAAGGAAAAGCAAGCCGUUUCUUUUGAGCCGGGAUUUGAAGGAUGAAUCUGGUCAUGGAGAGCGUUGGUUAAAUAGUAAACAAAUUAUAACAUUACUUUAUGGGCCAAAUACCACAAAUACUUCUGAAGUUUAAGGAGGAUGCCAUAAAGCACAGAAUUCCAUUAUGUAAAUAUUGUAAAUUCAUUCUUACUAAUGUGCUGAAAGUCAACUCAUUUUGAGGCAUCUUAAUUCAUUAAGUGAAGUGAUGAUAUGCUAUUAAACUGAACUUGGCUAUCAUCAAUAAGGGAAGGACCCUUUACAUUUUCUAAGAUUCCAGGCUGGAGGAUUGAAAUGUUUUAUAAAACUGAUGUCUUUACCAUACAUUAAGGAUCAGCUUUGUACUGAACGAAUCAGUCAUGACAGAAUUCUAUUGAAUGGUCUAAAGAACAUUAACAUGUAUCAUUUAAUGAAAGUAGCUGGCUUAAAAAUUGCUGUUUGAAUUUGAUAACUAGUCAAGAUACUAGUCAUAAUCUGGAUUAAGUUUUCCGAUUUUUUUCUGUGUAUGUGUGUGUGUGUAUAUAUAUACACACAAAAUUAUCAUGAAACCUUCCAGGGAUAAUCAUUAGAUAAAAACUUCUGAGAACUCAAACUAAGAGCAACAUUAACUUAGCUACUUCCUAAACUAUCAAUGCAAAAAUUUAAGCACGUGGUUAAAGAUGAAUACAGAAAAUGCUGGAAAUAGUCAGCAAGUCAGGUUACAUCUGUGGGAAGGGAAAUAAAGUUAAUGUUUCCUGUGGAAGACCCUUCAUCAGACCUAGGAAAGAGAGAAAUGAAGCUGAGAGGGAAUGUCUGUGUUAGGGUAAAACCUAGAUGACCAUGGGGCUAAGCUGUAAACAAACAAAUCUGAUCACUGAGUGAAUGGGAGCAGUUAGAGAGAGAGAACAGACAAACACACACACACACACACACACGCACACACACACAAAUGUAGGAGUUAUGAAAUACAGAUCUAGAAUAUCUGACAGGACAGGUUGGGAAUAUCUUCCACUCACAGAGGCAGUGCAAAAGAAAACUAAGGGAAAAAGCACCAAAGAAGUCAAGCCAAUGACACAGAUGAACUGAAUGAUACAAAGAAAUCAAGCUACCUGAAGCUGUAUGAAUUGCAUUUCAUAUCUCUUACAGUCUUUUGUCUGUGUUCUCCUGCCCUUGUUUAUGUUAUCACCCUGGAUUGACUCUUUCAGAGACCUACCCUCACUGCAGGUUUAUGAGCUCCUUUCUUUCCCAAUAUGAUGAAGCUGUUCAACCUGAACCAUUGACUCUGUUUAAUCUCCCCUUAUAUACAGCCUGAAAUGCUCAGUAAGUCAAGCAUUUUUUGUUUACAAUUUAAAUUUAGAGCAAAUUCAGUUAAAAAAAUCAUUAACUAACAAGUUUUCCCACCUGAUGACAUGAUUUAAAUAUUGUCAUUGAGACGGGCUUGGAGCCUAGUAGGGAUAAGUUUGGAUGUUGUUUGGCUUAUUUCUGACUCAGUGAAGACCACCUUUGUGCUUGUAUUUUUGAUUGAGCAAAGUGCAUUACUGAGCCUCUCUGCUCCAAGCUACUAACUGUUAAGGCAUUAACAUAUUAUACAUUCCAUGGCACAUUGCAGUAGCUGUAUAGAGUAAUAUUAGAAAAUAUGUAUGAAGAGAAACUGAUUACAAACCACUUUUUCAAGUGCUUUCCAUUGUUGUAUUUUGUCCUGAUAUUGAUGAUACUACAUACUAUCUCCUGCUCAAAUCAAUAUUAGAAAUCAUAAAACACUCCAUAUCUAACAAUAAAACAAGAGCAAACAUAUUAAGAGACUAUUGAAAUUCAUGAAAAUUUGUUUUCUAUAAAAUGUAUGAUAAAAUGUAAAGAAAAUAAUGAGUAACUUUGCAGGCUGAUAUGUUCAGUAUUUCCAUUCAGAGAGGGAUUUCAAAUAUUAAAUGAACAAGCUAAUGAGGCAGAUCAAAAUGAUGUAGCAUUGUCUAGGAAUCAUGACUUUUUCUUUGAAUGGUUUGAAUGUUGAAUAUUAUCCAAUGGUUCUACAAAGUUACCAGGCACAUUGGAUAUAUAUGAUGAUGUUAUACAUCACUUCUGUAUAUAUAUACAUAUAUAUAUGUGUAUUUCAGUGUAGUCAAUUGAGUUACUGCCAUACAUUUAUGAAUAGCUGUAUCACUGCCUAUGUUUAUAUUUUUGACUGUGAUGUUAGCCACAGGAACGUUACAUGUUGCACUUUUGAAUGUCCUAAAAGUUAUAUUUUAAAAUGUAAAAAAAACGAGAUGAUUUCAAAGGGAUUGAAUUGUUAAUGUGUAUUUGAAUGCAUAUGUGGGUUGAAGUUUCAGACAUUUUAUUAUGACAAAAUUACACAGUUUUAAAUACUUUUUUAAAAAGAAUUACUUUAUGUUACAUCAAAUACACAUUGUCUAAACUCAGAAUUUCUAUUUCAAUAAAUUCGUAUGAAUUUA